AUCGUUGUUAGUUGUCUCUAUCUCUCUCUUGUGUCUUGUAUGUUUGUUUUCUGUUAUUCUCGUUUAGUUUUCCUGAAACAUAGCAAAGUCACAUCUCAUCUUCAAUUCAUCAACCUCUUUCAAACGUUCCUUCAUCAUUUUCUCUCUCUAUAUACACCUUGCUAGCUAUAGGAAUUUCUCCAAGGGAGUCCUGAAUGUCCAUCCAUGAAUGUGUAAUAACUCAAAAAAAUAUUUGAAGUAUAUAUCAUUAGUUGAACAAUGAAAGAUUUGAAUGCGGAUCAUAGUUGUGGUUCACCAAAAACGCCAAAUGCUCGCCAAAGAAGACGCGCAAAUGAGGGUGCUGUGAUUCCUCACGAGAUAAACAAAUCAAAUGGAAACCUUUUACUUGUCAAUGAUAAAUAUAAAUAUAGAUCAAUGUGGAUCCGUGCAUACUCAUCUCUAUGGAUGCUAGCUUGUGUCUCACUCAUCCUAUAUUUGGGUCAUCUUUACAUCUGGGCCAUGAUUGUUAUUAUCCAAAUUGUUAUGGCCAGUGAGCUCUUCAAUCUACUCAGAAGUGCUAAUCAAGAUAAACGUCUCCCUAAGUCUAAGUUCUUGAACUGGCAUUUUUUCUUCACAGCAAUGCUAUACGUGUAUGGCCGUAUUCUCAGUCAACACCUUGUGAAUACAGUUACAUCAGAUAAAUUCUUCUAUAGACUUGUCAGCAACCUCAUCAAGUAUCAAAUGGUUAUAUGUUACUUCUUAUAUAUUGCGGGUUUUGUAUGGUUUAUUCUUUCAUUAAAAAAGAGAUACUACAAAUAUCAAUUUGGCCAGUAUGCAUGGACACAUAUGAUACUUAUUGUUGUGUUUACUCAGUCUGCAUUUACAGUGGCUAAUAUAUUUCAAGGAAUAUUCUGGUUUAUUUUCCCUGCAUCCCUUAUUGCUAUGAAUGAUGUUGCUGCAUAUUUCUUUGGUUUCUUCUUUGGGAAAACACCUCUGAUCAAGUUAUCUCCAAAGAAAACGUGGGAAGGUUUUAUCGGAGCAUCUGUUGCAACUAUGAUUGCUGCAUUUACGUUUGCAAACUUUUUGGGUCGCUUCCAGUGGCUAACAUGUCCAAGGAAGGAUUUAUCAACUGGUUGGCUUGAGUGUGACCCUGACCCAAUUUUUAAGCCAGAGAACAUUCCAUUGCCAGAAUUUGUUUCUCAUUGGACACCUGAGAAAGAGAUAGCAAUUUUGCCAGUACAGUGGCAUGCGUUGUGGCUAGGACUAUUUGCCUCCAUCAUAGCACCAUUUGGAGGAUUUUUUGCUAGCGGUUUCAAAAGAGCUUUUAAAAUCAAGGACUUUGGUGACAGUAUACCUGGACAUGGUGGAUUUACUGACAGAAUGGACUGCCAGAUGGUGAUGGCUGUUUUUGUUUACAUUUACCACCAGUCAUUUAUUGUCCCCCAUGAUUAUUCAGUUGAUGUGUUUUUGGACCAGAUAAUGAGUGACCUUGGUUUCGAGGAGCAGCUAGUUCUUUACACAAAACUUGGACAGGUAUUACAAGAAAGGCAUCUAAUCUAGAUAUGACAAGUUCACUAUGUAUAUUCUAUCAAGCAUGCUUCAAUUGGCAUUACAAAUGGUGGAAAUGGAUAAAGAAUUUUUUUGAGACCACUCUUUUUUUACUUCUGGGUAUAUUUACCAGUGAGUACAAAGAUCCUUGCUUAUCACAUUGCUUAUUUCCCUUUUGGGCUUGACAUGACAUUUUAAGCAUAUGUGUAACGAGAAAUAUAUCCGUGUUUUUCAAUGCAUACAUAACUGUUGGAAAGAUUUCAGUUUUAAAUAGAAUAUGUAUCUUCUUUCUG